AUGCUCUUAGCUUACAGAGGAUGGAUGUGUAAGUUAAAGCCUUCUUUGCAGUAUUUUCAGUUAAUUUACUUUUAACACUGAAAAGGUUGAAUGUAGCCUCACCACAGACUAAAUUAAACUUGUGGUUGAGUAUGUCUGCAAAACAGCCCCAAAAUCCGAUCCUCGUUGUGGGUUCCCACCUGUUUACCUGGAUUUAAGUACACGUGUGCUAUGAUUUGCCUGUUAAAAAUGCAUUUGUUAAUUUUCCAAUCAAAUUGAGGAGAAAUUUGAAAUGCAUUUCUGGUAACUCAUUGAGUCCACAGGGAACCCAGAACAAGGAUAUUGGUGCUGCUAAACACAUUUUACUAAAAUAUAACCAGUUUUAAAUUUUGUCUAGGACACAGGCUAGUUUGAAUUAUUUGUCUUUUAUCUCUUUCUAUUAUCUCUUUCAACCCCACGCUCCCAAUAGUGGCUAACGUACAGGUAAGAAGUUCUCCCACCCCCCCAAAGAAAAAAAAGAUUCCUAUUUCGUUUUGUAAGUUACUAUCAGGAACAGUAUAUAUAAUGCUAGUCGCAAUUUCUCUUCAGGAAGAUAAUGGUAGACAAUGUAACCAUUUCAGAAUCUACUGGGUUUUUUUUGGUCCUUUUCACUUUCCCUUAAGUUUGUGGGAAAUUCACAGAAACAACAUGUAUACUUUACCUGUUUCAUUUAAGUAAGGGAUAAGCAAAAUUUUGCAGAUUAGGUUACUUUGUUGUGGUGUGGUGUGUUUUUAUGUUGCGAUGAACUUUUCCAGAGGGGUUAGAGGGUCUUCAUGGCACUUGUGGAAUUUAAGGAGGGGUUGGAGGUCAUCAGUUCCGUAAAAAAAUGAAACAUCAAGGGAGGGGGAGGGGGUCCAAAGUGAAAUUCCCUUCUUGGUGGGGAUCUGGAUAUAUUUCUUAAACCACACAGUAGAGCACAAUCUUCCAAUUUAUUCAGUUCCAUGCUUGAUUAAUAAGGGUUUACCCUUGGCUAUGAUUUAAAGAAAUAUCUAGAUUUAUUUCAUCAGAGUUUGUGCUUAUUCAAUGUCAAUUCAGUUUCAAUGAUUGUUGAAUCUUAUUCAAUCUCAAGUUGAAAGUAAUUUAUGUGUAUAAGGACUAUCAUUUAGAGCCAGGGACCCUGGAUUUCCCCCCAGCUCAGGCGGUGUGCGCACUACGACUGCGAUGCAUUGUGGAUUCAAAAUUUUCAAGAUGGCGGCGAAUGUCGAGAAAUUUCGCAGGUUAUAUGCUUUAUUUUUCAAUAGAUACAGUUCUUUCCUUAGAUAGUUUUUCUCGAUUUCACAAGCUAAUAUUUGUUUAGAUUUUUUCUGUGAAGAACAACAAAUCAAUAUUCUUCAUUUCAAUCUAAAACGUGGAGCCCGAAGAUUCCUCCUGUAAGAGCAUGAAAUUUGAACCCGGUUUUUAAGAGGCUAUAAUUUCCAUUAUAUUGCCCGUCGAAAGUAGAAGAUAGUUGUAAGUGUUUCUACAAACCUUGUUCUACGCUAAUUUUUUAUCGCUCCCCGACGCGCCCCACGUUUUGUGAUACUUUUUCCGAAUUGAAACCGGCAUGUUUUCAUGGGAAAAUGUAGCCUCGCGAAGACCAAUGUGACAUGUUAGAGGUCCUGCCAGGGUAAAUUCCGACAAGCGACAUGAGCCAAAAAGUAGCGACAGAGCCUAAAACGAAAUGGCGACAAGCGACAACCUCCCUCGGCCAAAUUGCGACAGUGACGGCAAAGCCGAGAAUAUGCGACAAAAAACGGUGGUUUGGCUAAUUUAUCACCAGUCUGAGUGCCAAGAAGAAGUAAUUUUCGUCAAUUUUCCUUGCGCUUCAGAGGUUGUCUCUCGUCAGGGAGUUUCAGUAGACCCUCCUGAGCGCGUCGCGUUGGCCCGUCGCGUAGUCUUCAUUUACGCAACCCCGCACAACUCCUGGGAGACCUUGGGACUAGGUUGUCCGUCAAAUAGCUUAAUUUACGCACGCUUUACAUCUCUUGUAAUCACUACUUUCAUAAAGACCAUGACGCACCUUGUUUUCCCCCUCAGAAUUUUGUAUAACCAAUGUUUCCAAAUUCUCCAGGGUAUUACAGUCGUCCCAAGAGAAAUCGAAAACAAUGGUUAUGCAAAGUUUUGGGGGUAAACAAGGUGAGUUAUGGUCUAUGUGAAAAUGGUGAAUACUUUGCUUGUUUCUGAACUUCUCAUAUCCUUGUCGACCUCUGUCGGACGGUGACGACGGUGGAGAGACCAGGGACCAGCUAACUUGAGCACCGCACAGCGUAGACCACCGUUAACCGGCCUUCACGUACGAUUUAUCAGGUCAGUUAGUCUUAAAAUGUUGAACGUGGAUCACUUAGGGUGUGCUGACAGUGUUCCUUUAAGCUAAUCCAAAAACGGAUUUCUGAUCCGAGAUUUGCCGGAUUUCGCGGUCGAAAGGAACGUGAAAUCCGAAAUUGGAUUUGUGACCUUGGUAACCUUUCGCAAACGCUUGCAAUAUGCAUGACAGCCUCUCAAGAAAUGACAUGUUUUCUACUGUUUGACAAAUUAUGCGAUUAUACCGUGAAGAAUUUUGUGGUCGGCAGUUCGAAUAACGACGAUGGAACAUAAACAGAUCAAGAAAGUAGCGUGUUAAAGUUGAAAAUUAUCUAAAGGUUGUCGGCUCAGUUUGAUCCAGUUUCGUAGCUCGGUUUUCUAUGUAACACGAUCGAGUGCCUAUCGCGUCCAAGAGCGAGUUUGUAGAAAGAUAGCAGUUAUUUGUCCCUUUUACUUAUUUGUGUUUUUAAGCAAUCUUUAGCGACAAAUGGUCAGCACAUGGACAUUUUACUGUACCACCAUGAACAAUCUUCUAGUGUUUUCAGAUGUUUUACGGCAAAUGGCAGCAAUUAGGAAACUCUACGGGAAUACUUCAACUGGAAGUACAGCUGGAUCAUCUGACUAAUUUCGAAUCCACUGUGAAUGGAACAGCGUAGAUGACUAAUCCGUUAAUCUGGAUUCGGAUUCUUCGGAUUUCAAAUCCAAUGUGACCAGAUCAAAAAUCCGAAUUUGGAUUUGCCGAAAGGAACGUGAAAUCCGUUUUAAGAUCCAAAUCCGUUUCUGGAUUCACCGAAAGGAACACACCCUUAAUUGUGAAUGGCGAUGUAUAGGUGUUCUAUACGCGAAAGGUUAACUGAGAAAUUGCUCAACUGUAAUGGUUUCUUUAAAACCCAUCGCUAUCCCCCUUUUCUAAAAUUCCGACAAAGACAAAGAAUUUUCGUUCAAUUUCCGACAGCGACGUGAAGCAUUAAUAAACACCGACACGAGACGUUUUAAAAUUCAGACGAGCGACAUGGGAGCCCCCCCUGGCAGGGCCUCAUGUUACUGGAAGUGUUACUGUUGUAAUCACAAGCUGAUCACAAAAUAGCGGGGCAGCGGCGACUGGUUCCUCCAAACAGUAGCAUUAGGUGAGCAUAAAAUAGUACUCUGAUGUAGGAAAGUCUGUUUUUGUAAUAGGACUAAAAAAGCAUAAUAAAAUUGCAGUCAUACAUGUGACUCUCUUUAUGCAGGUAUAAAAUCAGUAGGAUUAGAAUUACAGGUAUUAAAUUAAAAGAUAAGUUUGAUUAUACAGUUAAGCCCUGUGCAUUUUGAAACCAGCAAUCUACUUCCAAGAUUGGUGUGUGUUGUUGUGUGGAUGUUAUGACUUUGUCAGUUUCUUGCCUAGUCCCUGUUUUAUUCAGUGGUGAUUAGCCUCCGUAGCAGGCAUUUAAAAGGAAAGGGAGAGGGGUUUGGGGUACAAGAGAAAUGCGAAUAGUGCACGAGGAAGGAGGGAGUGAUUUUCAACAUUCACCUGGUUGAUGUUUCUGAUGCAAAAAACAAUUAGUCUCCUGUAUGGCAGGUAUUUCCCUCCCUCCUUCUCUCACAUUUCUCUUGCACCAAGACCCACUUUCCCUUUUCUUUGAAAUGCCUGCCACACAGGCUAAGUGAUGUCAUUCAAUCUGUUUACCCGUUUACACUGUUUAAUGUAUAUCAAACAAUUUGCAUAUUUUGGUGGCUUUAGUUAAAAUAUAAAUUGCUUGAUCAUUGAAUGUGCUUUUGAUAUUGGAAAACUAAGGCUGAAAAAAUGGUGACAGGGAAAGGACAUAGAAAAAGUGGAACAAUGGGGCAGUAAAAUCAUGAGACUAAGAACCUGAAUUAACUAAGUAAGCCUAAACUGAUUCUUAUAUAAAUAGUAGUUAGCACAAGUUAAGGCUAUUUAGGUUUUUAAAUGGGUUCAUAUUUUCUGAAGUAAAAAUGUAGCUAAGAGUAUUUGUGUUUCACCUUAUUCCUCAUAUAAAGUCUGCAUACCAAAUUAGAAAGUUAUGUGAGAAAUGGACAUAAAAAGAGGAAUGUAUUUAAAUUUAAACAUUGGCAUUUACAUUGCAGUUGGAGUGAUAAGACAGCUUUGUCUCCAAAGAAGAUUCUAAAUGUUUAUUUAUUUCUGCUCAAGUGUACAGAAUUUUUCCAUAGAUUUCAAAAAUAAGAACCUGUUUCAAAUUUUAGGCUAAACAGGUUUUUAUAUAGAGGGGGCUCAUCUGGCAUAAUUUUAUUUUAGCUGAACAGGUUCUUGAAAUUCAGGUUCUAAGUCAGGGGGUUUUACUGUACCACUAGGAUCCACCUCUGCAAUAACUGGUAACCCAAAAGCCCUCUUUACGGACAACCGCUUCAUACAGACACCUGAUCAAGGCUGUGCUCUAGCAGAGCCCUGUGGCCCCUGGCACCUAACUUUUGCUUUUGGGUGACUAGAAAAUCUCAGGCUUUUCAUACAAAUCAUAUGCUGGGCAGCCUAGAUUUUACAGGUUCAGAGAACUAGGCUCCUUUCAAUGUUCCUUAGAGCAAAGCCUUGCUCAUCAUUACAGAUAGCUUCCUUUGUUCCCUGGAAAAAAGCUCUUAAAUUUUCUCUAAAUUAAGAUGGUUAAUUUCUACGGUCCCCUCAGUGUCUGUAUAACAGAGUUGACUGUGAGUAUGAUGAGACCUAUGACACCGUAUUUAAAUUAUAAAAUUGGGGUGAGGAGAAAGGAAAGGGGUCUCAAGCUAUGUUGCCCCAGCCCUGAUUACAGGAGAUUUGUAAACAUGUAUGAAUUUCACAUUUUGAAGAGUUUUUAUAAUCCAAAAAAAUAUGUGAUAACAAGUGUUUGUGCACACUGACACAAUCAUUAAACAAAAUAAUAUUGGCUGCAGUUUUUAAAAUCUAUUGACUGCAUCAGGCUUUGUAAUCACAAAUAUGCCAUUUUCAGUUUCAAUCCAGUUAUAAGACAUUCUAUGACUCAUACCAAUAGAACAAUAUGGCAAAUAAAGAUGCUCAAUAUUAUAUUAUCUAUAAAGAGGACACAAGUUCACUGUACACAAAUACUCUCUACUUUAUUUACUUGUCUUCAUGUGAUGAUAAAUACAGAUGUUAAGCAAAACGAAAUGUAGACUUGGUGCCAACAGAGAAACAAGUCCUCGAAACGAUGACCCCCUCAACUUCGAUUCUCUUAUUACAGCUAGCAAGUGAACAUCUUGCAGUGCUGAAUGACAAAACAAAAUAAGCUCACUGUGUUUAAAUACCGUUGCCGGGUAUUCUGAAGAAGCUCCUUAAGUAUUUUAUGAGUAUAUCACAGCUAUGCACAUCAGUACCUCUUAGCACUAGUUGCACUGAUUUCACGGUGAAUUCAAAAAUUUUCGGCGAACCGCGGGUCUUACCUCCAGUGCUUUUCAUGAUUGAAGCAUUGAACAAAGUGUUUCUGUGCCGACUUUUCUCGGUCAGUUGCAAACAGGAUGCAAGUGAUUACGAACAAAAUACACCAGAAUACACUUAUCAACGGAAUGAGACUGUUCUUUCCCUGAGAAUUAGACAGACUUUCUUUUUCAAGGGCUUCCGGAGGACAUUCAAAGCAAAAUCGUAUAUAUCUACAGCGUAAUUAACGAAUAUUCACUCCGCAGUCGAGAUGUUCACUCCACGCCAUCUUGACACAAAUGAUCAGAUUUUGAAUACCGCCCAUGAUGCUUAGCGAUCGUAGUGCGCACACCGCCUGCCCCGAGCUAGUUUAAACAUGAUCCCAGCUACUUUCACAGGAAAAAAGAGGAAACAUAGAACCAAAAUAAAUCAGUAGCUGUUUGAUUCCCAGCCUACUCCUUGUAUUUAGCCAACAACUUGAAAUCUUAGUGAUAGCCUUGAUUAGUAAGGAUUCUAACUCAAAGUUGAGCAUUAAAAGAACAAUAUGGCCGAUCUCUUAAUGGCCUAGACAUAUCCAUAGGUGACCUGUAUAGUUACCUGUCUAUCACUAAGUACAUGUAUAGGUUGAGCAUGAUUGUGCGGGUGAACGUAGUCCUCAAUAGGACUGUGGUUGUUGACAAUGAAUGACGUUUUGACAACCUGUUUGGUAGUCAUCUUCAGAGUCAAAGUGAGUUGAAUCACAUCAGUUGAGUUGACUGUUGUAAUAUAUUCACCAAAAGCAUUUUUAUUAGUUUUGUGAAGUUUGUCACAGUUAUGAGAAACAACAUCUCUCUUUUUACGCGCAUCUAUUAAACACCCCCACUUGGGCUCCUAAAAUUAAAUAGAUGACCUGAGGUCUAUGAGAUCAUUGUGGUAUUGUCAGAAAUAGUGAAGAACAGCUCCCCAAAAAAACUGUCAGCCGUCGGUGGACUGUUGACCGACAGGGCCAAUUAUCGAGGCAAAACUUGAGUCUGCCAUUUUGUUUAGGUUUUUUGAGAUAAUUGAGAGUACAUAUAGGAUGCACUAACACUGGCUUUAUCAAACUGCAAUGCAUUAUAGGGCGAUUUCAUAGUUAAACUUUAUGAAGAGCAUUAUCAGUCAUUAUUAAAGCGACUAAUUCUAACAGAAUUUACGGUAAGGGUUGAGUGUCAAUAUCAGAACACUUCUUUCUUUUUUUUUCAGUGUCGGUUUUCUGUUGGACAACUGUUGGUAUACAGUUGGCUGACAGUAUACCAACAGUCAGCCGACAGACUUUGACGGAGAGCUCUCCCUUGUAGAAAUUCAGUACAUUUAAAGUGUACUUUAUAUAGGUGAUAAACACUUUAAAAAGUAUACUUCAUUUGUACUUAAAGUAUACUUUAAGUAUACUUACCAGAAGUAUACUUUAAGUACACAACUUUUCGACACCUAAAAAGUAUACUUAAAGUAUAUUUAAAUGAAAGUAUACUUGAAGUAUACUUAAUGGGAAGUAUACUUCAAGUAUACUUAAAAUAUACUUAAAGUAUAUUCAAUGCAAUAUGUUUAUCAACCACUGAGACGCAUCAGACUUGGAUCAAUUAUAUUGUAAAAUCAUUUAUUGAUAUAACAAAAAAAACUACCCUUAACUUAAAGCAAUACAAAUGUACUAAGAAAUUAUAAAAGAAUAUACAGCAAAUCUUGUUUGAAUAGGUUUUCACAACAUAAAAAUAUAAACUUUUUAUUCCUAUCAAAGGAACUCACUGCAUUUGAUUACCAUAAUAUAUUAUUCUUCUUGAUUUUAGUAAAAUUUUCAUUGACAAUGAGAUCAUUUCAAGGAAGGUGCAUGUAUAUUAACAGGUUUCUUUCUGAACUUUCUUUAACUCACUUGUACUUAAUAAUUAUUGCUUAGAACCAUCACACAAUAUUCUUCUUAAUUUUAGUAAAUGUUUAAUAGACAAGAAUGAUUAGAUCUGUCCUCUUUGGCUACAAAGUAAAUUGUGCCAUUACCUUAUGAAAGAAAUAUGUCUACCUAUUACAUACAAAAACUGGAACGAAAAAUGCGAUCUAACGAAAACAAGACUUGGGUUUUAUAUUUUGAAUUGACACUGCACUUUAGGCGAAGUAAACAAGCUUUCACUUCGUAAACCUUAACGCUUAACUCGUGUGUCAUUUGCAAAUGACUCGCAAAGAAGAAUUGAUAUAUAUUGAAACGACUGGAACCCAUACAUUUUUCACCCCAAAACUUACUUGUAUCGUCAAAAUUCAGUCAUGGUGUACUUCUUUUGUUUUCUUUUCAAGUUCCACUCAUAUUGUACUCGAAUUGUGAAGAUAAAUUAAAAGCAAUAUUCCAAGCACCCAUUUUUCACCCCAAAACUUACUUGUAUCGUCAAAAUUCAGUCAUGGUGUACUUCUUUUGUUUUAUUUUCAAGUUCCACUCAUAUUGUACUCGAAUUGUGAAGAUAAAUUAAAAGCAAUAUUCCAAGCAAAAUAUCUUAAAGACACUCUCGGCAAAGCUCAACGAACGUUUAGUCAGGUCUCUUAGGGUCAGGAUCGUUACAGAGUUGACAAAAGCACCAAACUUUGCACAGCGAUAUCUUAUUGCAGUACCAUGAAUAUUAGAGGGGGUGCCCACCGCAACUAUGCCACUGAAGCGUGCUAAACAGGAUUUAAUUAUUGUAAAUUUCAUCUGCUGGGGUCCCUGUGGUGUUUUGAUUGAAAAUUGUUAUUUAGUACCUUAAAUCACUCUGAAUUCUAUUCUCAUGUUGUAAACAACAAUUUUACUCGAACAUCUGGCAUUCCCAUCCAUUUUUGCUUAUUGAUUGUAUAAUUAAGUUGAUUAUUACUGUGCCCUCAAAGCAAGUCCACAGUCCGCCCACAUUUUCAUAAGUCAUUUCUAAGAUGGCCUCGUCUUUGCUUCAUAACUUGCAAGUACUCAGCUUCUGGGGUUCUCUUCCUCUUUUCUAAUGUACUUCAAUUAGAGGAGGCCUUAUUGUGUGGCUUAAGUCUUAUUUAUCAAGUAUUACUUGUCAUACCCUGGGUACCAGAGGUUUUUCUCGCGUACGGCGGGAAUUUUCGGUGUUGGCCGAAGCCGCGCUAGAAAAGUCUCUGGCACCCAGGGUAUACGUGUCAUUACAUGUCACUUUAACAUGAAGAAAGAGUAUGGCAUAGCGAUUCACACACAAAAUUUCAGAAAAAAGAAAUUGUCAAAGAGUCUGUUGUAUCACAUGUUAUCAGGGAUUUAUGACAGCUAUUCAUGAAGAGCAAAUAACGAAAUGACAGAACCCAAAAUAGUUCUUUCCUAGGGAGGUAAUUAAUUUUUCAGCUUAACAUAGGCCUGGAUGCCUUUCAGUCUCUCUUUAUCCAGUUAUCUGCUGGACGCAAGUGCAUGUUUUCACAGCAAGCACCGUGGCACAAGUCAUAUCAUUUACAAUUCCCGCAUUUUGUCUAAGCUUUACAAAGCAAAAACAAACAAAAAAGAAUCUGGUCUCAUAAAUGAAAAAAAGAAACCAGUUAGCCCAAGCUUCAAAAAAGAGCACAGUUUAUCAUGAAGCCUCUAUAUUUGGCACUGACUCAUGUCCAAAAAUAAUAACAGCUUAUCAAGUCGUAAAAGUGAGACUCAAGUGGUACAACAUUGACUCAAAUGAUAAAUGGUGAAUAGUUUAACUGCUGAAACUGUAGAAAGGGGGCCGGGCUAACUUUUAGGGCCUGUUUACAUGGAGGAGGUAGGAAUGGUAACCCACUUAGGUGUGGUAACCCGCCUGUCCAUAUAAUCUCUCAUUUUAAUUUGAUCACGUUUACAUGAUAGGUGGGGUCACCCUUCAAGGUGGGUAUCCCGGUCUGCCACACCAGGUAACCCUCUCAGCUGAGGUCAAAUUUUGCCAUGUCAACGUUUCAAGGUGAGGUAACCCAGGCUAGUCGGGGUCGGAUUCGUGAUACAUCAAAUUCGCGCAAAAUUCACUUUGGCGCCGGAUGGCUUCACAUAAUUAUUAAAGGUAACAAUAGAAAGCCGCAACACUGACGGUUGCAGCAAGAGCAGCAAUUGAGCUUAGACGUGGUUUGCAGAGCAUUUUUCUUGUUUACGUGCUUAGCGACCAUGCAAUAAUCUUGAGAAACUGCACCCCAGGAUGGCGGGGUUGUAAGAUUGCAUGUAAAGGAGGGUUAUUUUUUUACCCCACCUAAGCAGGUUACUUCACCUACCAGGGGUCCCCCACCUUUAUGUUAACAGGCCCUAAGUCUCAGGAACCGUGAAACUGGUAAUAAACGGUAUACCUAGCCCGGGAGCUGUGAUACUACGUGCCAUCUUCAAGAACGUCAGCAUAGCAGCCAAAGAAGCCAUUAUAUCGGUGUAAAACGAAUAUUAGAUUUCGGUUGUUUCAUGCGUCUCGUUUUGUAACUUUUUUUGUGUUCGUUUUUGUCACCAUCUCUAAAUAUUAAUCAUGUUCAAAACACCCCUACUAACAAAAUAUUUCGUAAAGCUCUUUAGAAUGAUAUUCAGCAAUAAAAACAAGGUGUGACCAGGAGCCGAUUUCUAGGCUCCUGGUGUGGCAACAUAGGUAUACGUGAACGCAUAGUUUUGCAGUAUGUAAUCAGUCAGAAAUCUGUUGGAGUGGUUUAAGUUGGGGCUGAUGGACUUCUUUAUCAUGACCACUCCAUUAUUAUAAGGGACCAGGCCAUAAUUAUUGUUGACCCUUGCUUUUUUUGGUAUUUUAUGUAAUUUUCCACAGCAUUAUUUUGUGAAAAGUUGGUAACUGAAUUGCUCUUGAGGAAUUCAUGAUCGUAAGAUCAUGACGUAACCACGGGGUAUUCGCCUGAUUGCAUCAAACAAAUUACUUUCAUUUUCAUAAAUGAUGCAUCAUUGGUUGGCUAGAAGAGGCCUUUUUCCUGUAAAUUUCAGCUCUUCUGAAGUUAGUUUGUUUGUAAAUUGUAACGUACGCGACGACCUCCCUUUUUUUGAAAGAGCGUAUAGACCUACCAUAAACACUCUGCUCCAAGGCCUCUGAAGUGACUGAGCCACUUACAGGUGUCUAGGCAUGCAGGGACCUCAUACACUUCUUUUUAAAUGCAAAUGUGUAAAAAAUAAAGAGUGUUAAAAAUUCCUGGAGAGGCAUGUUUUACAACCUCAUCCCCGGGGCUUAAUAAAAAGGUAGAAAAAGGUAAAGCGACCAUAUUUUACGUCAAUAACUCGUGACAGUAAUAAUAAGUGAUAAACUUGAGGUCGACGGUGCGCACCUUUUACCCCCCUCUCUCCAUUAAUUCUCCGUUUUAAGGGUAUUUAAAGAUACUCUAAGCUACACAGUAAAAAGAGAAGUUGAAAUAAGGAUGUGUUGACGCCGGGGAUCGAAAUCGGGACCUCGCCAACCGAAGGCUGCGCACUAACCAAUUGUGCCACCCUUGCUCCUCCUUUUCCCCCUGAGGACGAGGUUGACAUGUUUUAAUCAUUAUCUCAAGGACAGGGUUACCAACGAAGCAAAUUAUGAUCUAAUCUUAGCUGCACAAUUACAAAGUGGGCGCGUUGUCAGUUACGGUUCAUGAGGUCGUUCAUGUGGCAUGUCAAACUUUAACGAUUCUAUCGUUUAGGAUGUGAUACAUUUCAGUUUUAUGUUAUUGUAUGACAUCUUUGAAAGCUGGCUUUGUGAUCUGUUUAAAUUGAUAUGUAAUGAUAUUAGCCGCACAGUCUGCACAGUGAACAUGGCCAUACUUACCAUGUGGAGACUGGGCACUAGUCAGUAUUAUGUACGUGUAAAACUAUUUUGAAUAGUGUAACAACAACAGUACUAAACAUUGCCAAAUUAAAAACUUAAAAAUUUGAAACAAAUGUUUUUUAGCCAAAUCAAACAAGGAGAGUACUCACCACAGGGCACCCAAUCUGCUAUUAUACGUGAAAGUUAAGCCCCCCCUUUAUCUGUAAUUAGGACCAUUUGUAAUGGGCACCCCCUCCAGUAUUAAUCGGUAGGUGCUAAGGAAGCUCUGUGCCAAAUUUGACACUUUUGUCACGUCUGUAACGAUCCGGCCUAUAUUUUGCACAAAGAGACCUGACUAUAAAGAUGUCCGACAAUGAGCGAUGGUUUUGCUUCGAGUUCUCGUUGUAUUUCUUAAGGUCCUCGUAAAAAAGGAGGUAAAACGACGCGGGCCUUAAUUACAUCCAGUAUCUUUUACUGCCAAAUGCAAAAAUUCCACGAAAGACGUUAAAGAAAUGACCAGAAUGAAACUGUGCGACUUUGCCAUUUCGCCCAGGGAUCGGCGGAUGAUCUUCUUACGAAGGAAGUCCACUAAACAGCUAAUGUGUGCCCUGUGUAUCUAGAAACCUCUUAUAUACUUCACCACUCUGAAUAAAUCUUUACAUGAUCUCAACUGUGUCCUUAAUAGAAGAAAACUGGUUUGAUCUGAAUGGUAUUUUGAAGUUAAAUUAUACUUAAAGCAUACUUUUACUAUACUUUUGUCUUGUAGUGAUUUCAAGAUCCGGACAAACCUUAAUUCUUAGAUCCUCAGAUCAGAAUGUGUCUUUCAGUUUCAAAGUAUACUUAAAGUACACUUUUCUUUCCAAAACUAUUUUUCACAAGCACUGAAGUUUGAAGAAGUAUACUUAAAGUAUACUGAAGUAUUUGAAGUAUAAAUGAAGUACAUUUGCCAAAUAUACUUCAUUUAUACUUUUUUUCAGGAAGUACAAACGAGGUAUACUUCAAAUGUACUUUUUUUUCUGAGAAGUACAUAUAAAGUAUACUUGAAGUAUACUUAAAGUAUACUUAAUUUCUAUAAGGGCUUCUUCACUUUAUUGUCAGUAUGUUUCAUGUCUAAUUUUUAAGUUGAAUUGAAUGUAUUGUGUUACAGAUGAGCCCCCUCGAUCACAAAGCAAGUUGACAUUGUUGUGGGGAUUGAUGGUGAAGCUUUGCUCUGGUCAACGUCCAAAGCUAUACAGUUAUCAAAACAGUCUUCCAAGAAUGUCUGUUCCAAGUCUUAGUGACACAUGUAAAGAACUGCUACGUUCUGUCAAACCAGUUUUGGAUGAUGAAGAGUAUCAAAAAAUGGAAGCACUUGCUAAGGUCAGGAUGACAAUAGCUUAAUUGGCUUCAGCUAUGUCAGUUAUGUCACUCUAUCUUUUCUUGUGUAUAUAUUCUGAAGGACUUUGAGUUCAGUAUUUUUGUAGCUGUCAAAAUAAUAACUGAAUUUUUCUUCCUCUCUGGUUUGGUUGUAUAGGGACAAUAAUCCUCCUUAAAUUUACACUGCAACAUUGCCCUAUUUGAUAGCUGUAAAUCACAAGACUAAAAAGACCUCUUUUCCCACUUGUUUGUAUUAUAGGACUUUGAAAGGAACCUUGGCCCAAAGCUUCAGUUUAUCUUGAAGCUGAAGUCUUGGUGGGCACCUAACUAUCACACAGAUUGGUGGGAAAAAUAUGUGUAUUGCAUGGGUCGGUUACCUCUGCCUAACAACAGUAACUACUACGUACUGUCUUGA